AUGGCCGCUGCUCAGGGAUACCCGCUUCUAUGCCUAGAGAAUCCUCUUCUGGAUAUCCAGGGAGAGGGAGAUCAAUCGACUCUGGAUAAGUAUGAGGUCAAGGAAAACGAUGCAAUCCUUGCCGAAGAAAAGCACAUGGGCCUCUACGAGGACUUGAUGCAGAACCACAAGGCCAAGCUGAUUCCCGGAGGAGCUGCUCAAAACACUGCCCGUGGAGCUCAGUACAUUCUCCCCAAGGACUCUGUCCUCUACAUUGGAUGUGUUGGCAAGGACAAAUACGCCGAUAUCCUCCGUGAGUCCUGCGCAAAGGCUGGUCUCCGAGUCGAAUACCGAGUGGAUGAGGUCCAACCCACUGGCCGCUGUGGUGUGAUCAUCACCGGUCACCACAGAUGCCUGGUGACCCAUUUGGCCGCUGCCAACGAGUACAAGCUUGACCAUCUCAAGCAGCCCCAAAUUUGGGACCUCGUCGAGAAGGCCAAGGUCUACUUCGUCGGUGGCUACCACUUGACCGUCUGUGUUCCAGCAAUCCUUGCCCUCGCUGAAGAGGCUGCUAAGAACAACAAGACCUUCAUGCUCUCACUCUCCGCCCCAUUCAUUCCAGCUUUCUUCAAGGACCAACUUGCUUCCGUUCUCCCAUACACCGACUACAUUGUCGGAAACGAGGCCGAGGCCCUCUCUUUCGCCGAAUCUCAGAAAUGGGAAACCAAAGAUAUCUCCGAAAUUGCCCAAAAGAUGGCUAAGCUCCCAAAGACCAACACCAAGCGCGGUCGUACUGUCAUCAUCACCCAAGGCACCGAGCCAACUAUUGCCGUCGUCUCCAGCGAAUCCGGCGAACUGAAAGUCACUCAGACCCCUAUCCGCAAAAUCUCCCAGGACGAGAUCUGCGACACCAACGGCGCCGGUGAUGCCUUCGCUGGUGGACUAUGUGCUGGUGUAGUUGAAGGAAAGUCUAUCGAAGAGUGUGUCGAUAUGGGACAUUGGCUCGCCAACUUGAGCAUCCGGGAAUUGGGCCCAUCGUAA